AUGGGUAAUGGGGAGAGCAUGCUGGGAGUGAUUUCAUCUCCUCCAUAUCAGAUGGAUAUCAGGAUGAUUGAUUAUGUGAUGUUUGGUGGCCUGUUGACAUCAGGUGUAGAUUUUGAGUCCCUUCCUGCCGCUCUGUCUUUGCCAGCGGAGUCUGGUCUCUAUCCGGUUACUCUGGUUGGAGUUCCUCGCACCGCAGGCAACAUCACAAUCAGCGGGUAUCACACGUCGGUGUUUGGGGUGAGCAGUGACUGUCUUCUGGAGGGUCUGGUGGGGGUGAAGAGCAGCGGCUGUAUGGUGGAGGUGGUGCCGUCACUCCCACGACUGCAGCUCUGCACGUCCUUACCAAGGUCUGCUCAUCUGUCCAGUGAAGACCUGUCCACCAGCGUGUCCUUGCAGCUGUUUAACGGAGAGACGCAGCAGCUGACCAUCACCCUGGAGAAUAUCGGCACAGAGAUGCUGAACACGCUGGAGCUGACGUCUAAAACCCUCAGCACUAAAGAGAAGCUGUUUGGUGAGUUCUUGACCUGGGACCUGCAGGACGCUUUGUCCCACCUGCCUCUGAAAUCCGGUCAAUCUGUCUCCAUCCCUGUCAACAUAAGCACCAAACUGGACUUCUCCGGUCAAGAGAACCUGUUACACGACCUGAACGACGAUGGUAUCAGUGUAACAGGUCUGCCCGUCUCUAGCCCGCUGCGGCAGGUCCUAAAGCCACGUGCUGAAAAUAAACCAGUCGGCACUGACGCCAGUAAGAACGAAUUCAAUCACGUCAAGACACUGGAGGCUGUGUUGACCUUUAAAUACAGCGGAGGAGCCGGUCAGGUGGAGGGCUACUACCGCGAGCUCAGUCUGGGGGUCAGAGUGGAUGUUGAACCUUCAGUUUUCUUCACGCGAGUCAGCACUUUACCUGCCACCAGUACUCGUCAAUGUCAUCUACUUCUCGAUGUGUUCAACUCGACCGAACAUGAGCUCACGCUGUCUGCCAAGAACAACCAGGACCUGGUGCUGCACGCCAGCGAGUGUCAGAGGAUGGCCAUUCAGGUGGAUAAGUUUGAUUUUGACAGCAUGCCCGUGAUUGACCAUGAUGCACUGCGACUGGCUACAGUACGCCAACAGGAAGAGAAGAGACAGCAGGUCCAGGGAGGACUCAUCAACAGCACGCUGGACAUCCACUGGACCAUCUCGUCCCUUCAGCGUCAUGGGGAGGCCAGCGUGGAGGGCGUCCUCAACCAGCUCAUACUAGAACAUCUGCAGCUGGCUCCUCUACAGUGGGAUGUUGUGGUUAAUGGUGAGCCGUGUGACUGUGACGUGGUCGCUGACUGCAGGGUCGGAGACGCUGUGCCAUUAGAGGUAAAACUGACCAACCGCAGCAAGAGCGCUGUCGGGCCGUUCUCUCUGACCGUCGUUCCCUUCCAAGACUAUCAGAACGGAGUCCAAAACUACGACCUGCAGGAUGCCGUCACUUUCAUUGGCUCCAACACCUUCUACAUCGGCACGGUGAACCCUACAGAGAACUCAGUGUGUGUGGGAGCCCUGCUCUUCUUAUACACUGGGGAUUUCUAUCUGAACAUCAAGUUUCAAGAUGACAGCACAGCCCGCGACCUGCCGCCCGCCUGGUUCUGUCUGCCCAGCGUCCACAUCAGAGCCCAGGAGCCAAUCGAAGCAGCCGCCUGAGCUUCUGACCUCACAGACUCAGUAGGCCUUUGUAAAGGACCUGGGAGAGAUCUGCUGUUUUUCAGACGACUACUGAGCUAAUCUACAUAUUUAUAUUGAGUCUAGAGCAAGUGCACUUCUAGUGUAUGAAGCUUUUAGAGUUUGAAGAUGUUUCAGUUUAUGCCAAAUCCUCCACUUUCCGAUCCAUUCUGAAGACCUCAUUCUCCUCUUUAGAGAAAGACAAAAGGAUGAAGAACAUCUUUCAGGUAACCACUAAGUGAAAACAUCUGAGGUCUUACAAUUUAGUCCUGAUGAAACUAACUGAUGAAAAUGUCUCCAGCUCAUAUUUCAUCCCCCAAAGAAAGGAAAAUUUGAUUUAGU